AGAUGCAACCGUUCGUUCGAAAAACAUGCCAUUUUAUGUCUUGAUAGCGUUCACCAUUCCCAUCGUAGGUCUUUUAUCAAUUUCUUAUCAAGGAUGGCGAGCUUCGAAUAAGCUUUCUUGCCCGUGGCACCCCGGUCCCAUUCCUGUGAUGACAGUUUGCUAUCGCUAUGCAGCGCUUAUCUUCCCAAGCUGCAUAUUUUUUAUGACACAUGACCCACGUCCAAUAGAGAGAUGAAACAGUCUGCUGGGUUGGUGAUAUCAAGACGGGAGCUCCGAGCUGGGAGGUUGGUAGCAGGGAUCCCGCAUGUCUGAAGCGUAAGCUCGAUGCUAACUUAUAUCAACCUCUUGUGUUACAAAGAUAUCUAUUUCCUCCUCAGAAUUUCUCCUCAAAAAUUGUUUGAAGAUAUAUCAUAUACCUUUAAGAAGUAGAAAUCAUGACGACAACUGGAGGAACUGGAGUCCAGCCGGACCUGGAGAAGACAGUCAGCAGACGAUCCCAUUCAAAUGUCCCCCCACAGGAGUUGCUCGCAAAUGAGGCAGAUACCGAGCUGUUGGCCAAGCUAGGAUACAAACAAGAACUACGUCGCAACUUCACCAUGCUCGAAGUGUUUGGAAUUGCCUUUAGUAUUAUGGGACUUCUUCCAUCCAUCGCGUCAACACUCGCUUUUUCCAUCCCUGCUGGCCCGGCUGGCAUGGUCUGGGGUUGGUUUCUAGCUUCCAUGUUCAUCUUCGUCGUUGGGGUUGCAAUGGCAGACCUUGGUUCUGCCAUGCCUACAUCUGGGGGAUUAUAUUGGUGGACGCAUUACUUCGCGUCUCCGAAGACCCGAAACGCUUUGAGCUUCCUGGUUGGGUAUUCUAACAGCUUGGGUCUGAUCGGUGGGCUUUGCAGCAUCGACUAUGGAUUCGCCUUAAUGUUCUGCUCUGUUAUUGUCAUUGCACGUGAUGGAAACUGGACCCCCAGUAACGGAGUAGUCUACGCCGUCUUCCUCUGCUGUGUCUUGCUCCACGGGGUCCUGGCCUCCACUCUCUCUAAGGUCAUGGGAAAGCUGCAAACCGUCUUCGUUGCAAUGAACAUCAUUCUCAUCGUCGCCACAAUUAUCGCCCUUCCCGUCGGAAAGCAUCUCUCCAGCGAACGCAACGAUGCACACUACAUCUUCGCCCAGACCGAGAACCUUACCACUUGGCCAACGGGAUGGGCUUUCAUGCUCUCCUGGCUCAGUCCUAUCUGGACCAUCGGUGCCUUCGACUCCUGCGUGCACAUGAGCGAAGAGGCCGCCAACGCAGCAAAAGCCGUCCCGUACGGAAUCAUGAUGUCCAUCGGCUGCUGCUGGUUUCUAGGCUUCAUAAUCAUGAUUGUGAUCGCAGCUUGCAUCAACCCCGACCUCGAAUCUGUCCUGGGGUCUUCCUUCGGCCAGCCAAUGGCCCAAAUCUACUACGACGCCAUCGGCAAAAGCGGCACUCUAGGCUUGAUGUCCCUCCUUUUCAUCGUUCAAUUCGUUAUGGGUCUCUCUAUCCUCGUUGCCGCGUCCAGACAAACCUGGGCAUUCUCUCGCGAUGGCGCCCUCCCAUUCUCGGCCGCCAUCCUCGGCCUCCUCUGCCUCAUCGCGCCCGCCGCGGCAGCAGCACUCUUCUCCCUUGCUGUAGCAGGUAACAACCUAGCCUGGGGCCUCCCAAUCUUCUGCCGUGUGGUCUGGGGCCAGCACAAAUUCGUUCCCGGCCCAUUUUAUACCGGUGAUCGCUUCUCUAAACCAAUUGCCUGGGUAGCGAUCAUCUUCCUCGUUUUCGGCAUCGUGCUAGCUAUGUUCCCGGAUGGAGGCCCAAACCCGACACCUCAGUCAAUGAACUAUACUGCUGUGAUCAAUAUGGCGGUUUGGGGGGGCGCGAUGCUGUAUUAUUUUGUUGAUGCGAGGAAGUGGUUCACUGGACCAAAGAUCACGAUUGAUGUUGAGGGGCUCACGGAAGAACAGCAAGCGGCGCUAGCAGCGGAGGGGCUGGAUUUGGGGCUCGGAGAGGGGAUUGCGCCUGGUGGGGGGUUGACUGAGCGAGGGGUUGAGGGGAAUAAGACAGUUAGUGCGCCCCUUCUGUCCACCGCGAUCUAG